UGCCCCUCGUCCUCUGCAACAAAUUCAUCCCCACUGGAGAUAAAGAUACUGACCUGGUAUUACUAUACAGAUGUCAGUCAACCGCACGAAGGGCUCAGCGGCAUGAUGAGUUCCAAUGUCUCUGCUUCGUCGGCGUGUUGUCGCCGUAGCGAUGCAUCGAAUCAGUGGAAUCAUUCGGUGGAGCCUGCGGACUGCAGAUGGUUUCGGUCGGGUUGUGCGCCGGCCUUGCCAUGUUGGUGCUGGGUUGAUGUUGAGUGCUGCGGGUGUGUCCCCAAUCGAGGGAAAGCUUUCUCCAGUUCUCCAGUUCUCCAGGACCCUGCAGGGUGUCUUUUUUCUUCCUCGCCUCCAAAAAUGGGUGUACAUACUCCAGCGGUAUGUAUCACGCGCAUCUUUCUUCUCCUGUUUGAUGACCCUGACUGACUGUCUAAGAUACCACCUGGGUACUCAACCUAAACUAAAACCCUUAGAUCUAUCUGUACACAUUGCGCUUCCCUUGUCGUAGGAGGGACUCGCUCACACAUGCGGGCGUGCAGAUUGAUGAGGAGAAUCCGAGUACAUACACACACACACACACAUACACACACACUUUGCAUGUCCCGCACUGUCAGAGAAUGCACCGCGCGCUGUCGAUCGCUGUUUCUCCCAAACAAUAAUGCCUAGUUCAUCAGUGGUAGUGGUAGUGGUAGUGGAGGACUUAAUAUGUGCGCGCACUGUUCCGCCGCCAGAGCUCACC